AUGGAGGUUUCAGUUGGGGAAGAUGGAGGGGAAGAUGAAGGGAUGAUGGAAGAGGAAAGUGCAACAGAGCAGGGAGGUGCUGACUCUGCCGCCGCUGCUGCUGCUGCAACUGCCGCUGCUGCUGCUGCUGCUGCUGUUGAUGCAGCAGCUGCUGAUCUUGGUUCCUCAGCACCCCCAUCACAUGAAGCUUCCACAUCUCUCGAUGCAUGCCUGCAGCUGCUGAUGAGCGUAGGCGAAGCUGACAUGGCAGCAGGUCUGGUGGCUGCAGCAGGCCACGUGGCAUGUGGGGACGCUGACGUGGUGCACGAGGUGUUUGACGCCCUGCCCUUCCACUUCGUUCGGUCCCUGCUGGAAGAAUCAGUAGGGGAGACGCCUGUUGAGCCAACGCAGGGUUUACCAGCACCAGCGUCAGCAGCAGGAGCAGCAGAAGCAGCAGUGUCUGUUCUGGUGGUGGUUACUCAGCAACCCGGUUUGGUCUGCCUGCCUCCCGUUCUGCGCCUGCUAGAGCCGCUCAGCCAGAUUAUCCUUCACGGGCGGACAGUGUCUCUCGUCCAAGACGCAUGCCUGUGUGUGCUGGCUGUGGCGCGGGGAUCAGAGGCGGGUAUGCGGGCAUGCAGGGAGCAAGGCGUGCUUGGGGUGGUUGCGCGCUCUCUUGCUGCCAUCACAGACCCUUCCUGCUCAUCUCUUGCAACGGACCUGCUAAGCGUUCUGGUCAAUGCUGCAUCUCCCCUCGAUAUGUCUCAACACGGAGACUCUCUUGCUGCUGCCGUGCCAGCCCUGGCAAGGCAGCUAGCAGCAAGCCAGGACAGCAGCACCAAGCACAAGAUAGUCACCCUGCUGCUCGCCCUGCUCUCAACAACAACUCAACACCAACACAACUCGGGCCCAGGCCACCUGCGCCCUGCAUUGUCUAGCGCUCCUCAAAGCGCCGUUGAGCCGGAGCUGUCGGAGGGUCCGGUUCAGCAAGGCGUGAAGAGCCUUGAGCCUUUAGUUGCGGGUCGGGUGUGGACGGCAGACCUUCGGGGCGGCAUUCAGAGCAUCCUCUUGUCUUCCACCACUGCAUCUUCGGAGAGUCAGCAGGACGCGUUUCACCUGGCGCAUGUGGUUAACAGCAUUCUUGGAGAUUCCUGGCUCGCUGGGCCUCCUGAAAAUACACCUGAGGAUUCCCCUGACUUUGGCACUUCCGAAAAUGUGCUGGAAUUCGGUUUCGUGCUGGCUCUCAUGCGAACAGCCAAGCAGGAGAUUCCUGGCCUUCUCGACACCCUAGCUCAGGACAGCACUGGCAGCCGAAGCAGCAUAAUCAGCACUGGCAGCAGCACAGGGAUAAGCAAGCUGCAUAGCACUAGUAAAGCGGAACAGAGCAGUCUGAGCAAGCAGAGCAAUCUGAGCAAGCAGAGCAAUCUGAGCAAGCAGAGCAAUCUGAGCAAGCAGAAUAAGCUGAGCAGCAGCAGCUGGGCGGAUCAGAGCAAGGUGAAUGCGGAUGCUGCUUGGGUGGCCCUGGGAGGAAAUCUGGACCGAUUUGGGCCGGGAAAUGCAGGAGUUCUGGGCGGUAUAGGGGCCAGCGCGGGAGGAGGAGGGGGAGGGGGAGGGGGAGGAGGGGGGGGUUUGGGGAGAUCUGGGGGGUUGGCAAGAGGAGGGGGUGGUUUGGGUAGGUCUGGGGGAGGUGGGCUUAUGAGGAGUGGAGGGCUUGGGGGGGGCGCAGGGGGGGGUUUAGGGGGAGGGGGAGGGGGAGGGCUGGAUAGAAUGAACUCUAUAGUGCCCACGAAUGAGGAUUGGAGGUCUGUAGUGAAAGAUAUGAAGGAUGCGAUAUGGGAGCCUCCUACUAACGCGGAUGGGGAAGGGGGAGGUGGUGGGGGAGGGGGAGGAGGGGGAGAGGGAGGGGAAGGUGGCCUGGGGGAGCUCAGUAUAGAAGAGUUUGCAGCUAUGGAGGAGGAUGACGGAGGUGCAGAGGACGCCGGACCUCCGGAUGAGGUUCGGCAGGCACAGCAGCGGCUGGACCGGUGCUUCGGCCUGAUUGAAGCGGUGGUGGGAUUACUAACAAAAGCUGGAGAAAAGGCUGAAGGGGAGGGGGCUGUAUCAGCUGAACGGCAGACCAAUGGGCAGACUCUAAGUGGAAAGCUUUCUGUAAAGGAGCUCUCUGUAAGGGAGCUUUCUGUACGACUAUGUGCAGAGGUGGUAGAUGGAGCGUUAAAGGACACUUGCUGCUGCACUGCUGCGCCCUCGGCUCACAGGAAGAGGGUGGGGCGGCUGCUGGGGUUCCUGCUGGCAGUCACAGGCGCGCAGGAGGAAAGGCCACUCCUAGCUGUGCGGUACAUGCUGCCCGCGCUGGUGCACAUCACCAGUGAGCCACGUGGCUGCACGUCAUUGGUCAAGAGAGGAGGCUACAUCCAGCUCAUAGACUACAUGGUGGAGACCGCACGCACCAACAUGCACCACCAGCUGCGGUCGGGACCCGAGGGGCAGGCCAGCCUCAUGCAGGCUGCUGACGUCAUCCUCAACAUCUUCGCUUGUCGGAAGCAAAUGCGAGUGCCAUUGGAUCCGCAUGACUUUGUGCCGCUGCUGCCCGCCAUGGCCGGAUGGAGCAGCGUCAAAGGCAACGACCCCAGAACAACCUACAAGACCCUGGCGUUAGCAGCGUGCGUAAACGCAUCGAUUCUCGAGCUGUCCUGUGAGGAUGUGGUGAAGAAGAGACUAGACCUGGCGACCUACAAGAAACUGCCCAACUCGUUUGGAGUCAUCGUCAAGUUCCUCGAGUUCGGCCACCGGAAUAGCGGAUCGUUCAGUAGCGAGACGGAAAUCAAGGAGCUUUGGGACAUCACUGUGGCUUCAUGCACGGAGUGCCUGCCGCUGUGGCCCCAGCUGAAGCGAGCCAUGGUCAAGUCGGAGUAUUGGGGCAAGGUCUCGCGAAACAAGCUAGUAACCCGGGAGCGGCUGAACCAGGUGUGCAAGGAUGCAAGGCUGAGGGAACUGCUAGCAGUCGUGGCCUUCAGCCCGUGA